AUGUCCAAAGAAGUAGUAAUAAUAUUUUUUAUACAUGAAAGAGAUCUAUAUCAGCACAUGAAUCUAUAAUUAAGUAUAUAAAACUUUAGACAUAAAGAAAGUAAUUCAAUUUUAUAUAAUAGUUAUGCGAAUAUUUCCAAGAUUUGGCCUGAAAAUGAUUAUUACGAUAAAGAAACUCUCUAUUUCUAAAUAAAAUCUCUCAAAGAAGAAAUGAAUAUUAUUAGAGCAGAAAAUAUUAAGUUAAAAACUAGAAUUUAAUAAUAAGAUAAAGAACUCUAUAAUUUUGAGAAAUAUAUUGAAGAACUGUAAAUUAAACCAAAUUCCUUAGCUAAAAAUAAUGAGUACAUCAUUUAGUAGAUUAAAAAAUAAAAUAAAGAUUUAUAGUUCUAGUUAUAAGAGAAAUUAUGUUAAAUAGAGCAAAUGAAAAAAAAUGCUAAAGUUACAAAAGUGUAAGAAUUAAAGAUUGAAAAUUAAUUAUAUAAAGAGGAGAUCAACAAAUUGAAAAAGCUGUUACAAGAUCAAGAAAAAAGCACACAAGAAUUUAUAAAUCAAUAAUCUAUGAUAAAAGAUAAUUUUGAAAGAACGUAAUAGGGCUUUAUCAAAUAGUAAUUAGAAAUAAAUGGUUUGAAAUAAAAAUAAUAAAAUGACAAUUAAAAAAUCACCUAAUUACAAAAUGAAGUCUCAAAAUUAAAUCAGAUUAAAGUCAAUUUAGAAGAUAAAAUCUAAAGAAUAUCAACUGAAUAAAAUAAAAAAAGUUCAACAAAUUCGUUUAAAAGUAAUAAAUUCUAAGCCACAACCGAAAUAUCCUCCACCCAAUUAAGAUCAAAAACUCAAGAAGAACUUUAAUAUAAAUUAAUAAUGCGAGGUAUCACAUAUGAAUAAUUUACUUAAAUGAUCCAAGAAUUAAAAUAGCAAGCAAUUGAUUUAAAAAAAUAAAUUGAGAUAGAGGAUAUUGAAUAUAUACUAAGCUAAGAACCCUUUUCAUUAGGUUAAGAUAGAAUAUAGGAAGUUGUUAAAUCAUUGUACGCAUAUGGAAAUAAAUUAGCAGAUUCUCUGUUAAAUUAAAUAGGAAAAUAUAAAACAUUUCUGGAUUACCCUGAUUUUAAAAUAGAGGAAGCAGAAAAAAUGAUUAAAUAAACUCUAAAAUAACCAGAAAUCGCAGAAUAUGUUCAAAAAAAACAGGUUUAAAUUUGGAAUAAAGAGGAGGUUGUAUAAAUGAUUAAAUAUCUGAAGAUCACCUGGAACGAAUCUGUUUUUUUAUUUUAUCUUUUAAAUUUAUUUGAAAAAUCUGGAUAGAUACUUGAAUUCAAGAGUGAUACAAUAAUUGACCCCUUUCCAUAAUUGGUACAGAAAGAGUCUUCGAGAAUAAUUGAGGAAAGUGACGAAGAUUUAUUUGAUUAAUAAUCAGAUGCUUCUUAGAAUAUGAUAAUUUAAGAUGCUGAUCAUUAUAUAGCAUGA